CAGGCGCUCUACAAGCACUCUCUUACGUAGUCAUCCACCAAGGAGAGAGCCGAUACAACAACACGGCUGAUCUGCUCAAACACAAAAAUCUACCUGCUUUCUGAAUCAUGUCGUUGAGCCCAAAGCACACUACGCCUUUUUCAGUGACAGAUAUUUUGAGUCCAAUCGAGGAGUCCUACAAGAAGUUUAGUGGCAUGGACGGCGCAGGGAACCUAACCUCUCCACUGGGAGCCUACCGACAGCCUCAGGUGUCUCAAACCGGCAUGCAACAGCACUCCAUGGGCCAUAACGGCACCGUGGCCACCACGUACCACAUGCCGCACACCGUCUCCCAGUUCUCCCACAGCUCGAUGGGGGGAUACUGCAAUGGAAGCAUUGGCAACAUGGGAGACCUCCCGUCGUACCAGGAAAGCAUGCGGAAUAGUGCAGCAGCAACAGGGUGGUACAGCUCCAACCCUGAUCCAAGAUACUCCACAAUUUCUAGAUUCAUGGGACAUUCCACAGGUAUGAACAUGUCCGGCAUGGGGAGCCUCUCAGGAAUGGGGGACCCUUCCAAAUCCAUGCCAGUUCUCCACUCAGCGCCCAGGAGGAAACGGCGCGUCCUGUUCUCGCAGGCUCAAGUCUACGAGCUGGAGAGGAGGUUUAAGCAGCAGAAGUACCUGUCGGCGCCUGAGAGGGAGCACCUGGCCAGCAUGAUCCACCUGACACCGACCCAGGUGAAGAUCUGGUUUCAGAACCACCGGUACAAGAUGAAGCGCCAGGCCAAAGACAAGGCGACGCAGCAGCUGCAGCAGCAGCAACAGGACGGGAACCUGUGCCAGCAGCAGUCGCAGUCCCCGAGGCGCGUAGCCGUGCCAGUUCUGGUCAAGGACGGCAAACCGUGCCAGAACGGCUCCAACACGCCGACGCCGAACCAGCAACAGGUGCAACAGAGCCAACAACAAAACCAACAACAGAACGGAGCCGGAGUUGUGCUCGCAUCCUCGACCAGCAGCCUCAGCCAGCACCAAAGCCAGCAGCAGCAGCAGGUGAACGCUAUGGACCUGGAGGAGAUGUCGCCCAGCCCCCCCUCACUGCACAGCCAGCUCAACAUGGCCCAGAUAGACAAUUCUGCUGUAGAUUACACCAGUAACAUGGUCAGCUCAAACCUCCUCUACGGCAGAACGUGGUAGGACUUAAUACAUACUGUCACUUUCCACUUUUUCUAUGUGAACCUGCGGAUGAGCCCACGAGCAAAACAAUAUUCAUAUAUAUAUAUAUAUAUAUGUUUCAUAUAUGAUAUAUCAUAUAUGAAUAUUGUGGGAACUGAAAACGGGGGCCCUUUGGUGUUGGAGAAACAUCAGGGCACAGAGGCGCACCAGCUGAUCAGGGCACAUUUUCUUGACAUCUCUGAGAGGGGAGUCUAUUUUUGAACAUUACAGAAAUGGCUGCCCUUGAAAGCAAUUAUGUCGUUUCUGGACCUUUUGUAAUCCAUGUUUUGGACCUUCCUCAUGAUGUUUUAAACGUAGUCUAUGUUGUUGAAACAAAAAGGAAUGCUGCUUCACUUGA